CCCGGAAGCGGAGAGCGCGGAGCGAAGGUCACAGGCGGAGCCCCUGUUUGCUCAUGCAUGCAUGGAGGAGAGGAGGAAAGAUGGAGAAAGUGGAGAGGAGCCUGUAGGUGCCUGCCGGAGGGAUACGGAAAUUGACUGCUAAAGAAUCAUGUUGCCUAAGGAGUAUACCCGGAAGAGGAGGACAAGGAAAGAACUGGAGUUUGGAAUGGCUCUUUCUCAGGGACAGUUGACCUUGGAGGAUGUGGCCAUCACGUUCUCUCAGGAGGAGUGGGAAUGCCUGGACCCUGGUCAGAGGGCCUUGUACAGGGACGUGAUGCUGGAGACCUACAGGAACCUGCUCUCCCUGGGUGAGGAUAACUUCCCUCUAGAAGUUGGUAACGGGCGAUUUUUGGUGGACUCUCCUAUGGAGUGGGUUUCCUUGGUGACAAAAUUCUUGAUGGAGAAUACUGUCACUUAUAUCUUGUAUGUGAUCUUUGUGGUCAUGGUGGAAAAUACCCUUUCUUUGAGAGCUAAGUUUGCACAAUCUGUCUCUCAUAUACAUGUGAUCAAGAAAUUAAAACCAAAAGCGAACAGUGACACAGGAGAAAUAUUCCAAACAGUGAUGUUGGGAAGACAUGAAAGCCAUGAAAUCAGAGAUUUUUACUUCAGGGAGAUCCAGGAAAACAUGCAUGUGUUUGAAUGUCAGUGGAGAGAUGAUGAAAGAAAUUACAAAGGAAUGCCUAUAACCCAUAGUGAAAAUCUCACUGACGGAAAAAAUCAACAUGGUGGAAGGGAUACUGGAAACAAACUUAUUGAAAAUAGGCUUACAUUAAGUUUUCAGGAUGAACUGCAUAUAUUUAAAAGUGCAGAGAAAUUUGAUGAAUUUAAUCAGGCUGACAAGAGUAUCAACAGUAGUACCUCAUUUUUACCACUUCAGACAAUUUCUUCUCUUGUCCAAACCAACAUUCCUAAUACAUAUAAGAAUGACUUUAUGCAUCCUUCAAUACUGACACAAGACCAGAAAGCAUACAAGAAAAAAUCUUACAAAUGUAAUGAGUGUGGCAAAACCUUUCCUUAUGGCUCAAACCUCAGUAGACAUCAGUUAAGCCAUACAGGAGAGAAACCAUAUAAUUGUGAUGUAUGUGGUAAGGUGUUUAGUCGAAAUUCACACCUUGCGUGUCAUCGGAGAAUUCAUACUGGAGAGAGACCUUACAAAUGUAAAGAGUGUGGCAAAGCCUUUAAUCAGCGCUCCAACCUCAGUCGACAUCAGGUCAUCCAUACAAGAGAGAAGGCAUAUGAAUGUGAUGUGUGUGGCAAGGUCUUCAGUCGAAAAUCAGUCCUUGGAAGUCAUCAGACGGUGCAUUUUGGAGAGAAAUCUUACACAUGUAAUGAGUGUGGCAAAGCCUUUAGGAAGCGUUCAAGCCUUACUCAGCAUAAGAGGAUCCAUACUGGAGAGAAGCCUUAUCUAUGUGUUGAGUGUGGAAAGGCCUUUAGGAAGCAUUCAAAUCUUACGCAGCAUAAGAUAAUCCAUACUGGAGAGAAACCAUACAGAUGUAAUGAGUGUGGCAAAGCCUUCAGUGUGCACUCAGCCCUAAGGAACCAUCGGAUAAUCCACACAGGAGAGAAACCAUACAAAUGUGAUGUGUGUGGCAAGGUUUUUAGUCGAAAUUCAGUCCUUGCAAGUCAUCAGAGGCUGCAUACUGGGGAGAAACCUUACAAGUGUCAUGAGUGUGGGAAGUCAUUUAUUCAACGUUCACUCCUUUGGAUUCAUGAGAAAAUUCAUACUGGCGAGAAACCUUACAAAUGUAAUGAGUGUGGCAAAGCCUUUCCCGUGCGGUCAAUCCUUACCCAACACAUGAGAAUCCAUACUGGAGAGAAACCUUAUGUAUGUGUUGAGUGUGGCAAAGCCUUUACAAAACAUUCAAAUCUUACUCAACAUAAGACAAUCCAUACUGGAGAGAAACCGUACAAAUGUGAUGAGUGUGGCAGAGCUUUUACCCAAAUUUCAAGUCUUAGUAGGCAUCAGAGAAGGCAUACUGGAAAGAAACCAAAUAAAUGUAGUGUGUGUGUCAAGGCUUUGAUGCAACCUUCACAGCUUUGCGGUUAUGAGAGAACUCACACUCACACUGGAGAACACAAAUGCAAUUUAUGUGGCAAGGCUUUUAUCCAGCACUCAAGCCUUGAGGCACAUCAGAGGAUUCAUAGAGGAGAAAGACCUUAUAAAUGUAAUAAAUGCGAUAAGGCUUUUAUCCAGAAUUCACAACUUUGGCGUCACAAGAGAACUCAUAUUGGAGAGAAAUCUCAUAAAUGUAAUGAGUGUGGCAAAGCCUUUACAGAUAGUUCACAUCUUAAUCGACAUAAGAUAAUUCAUACUGGUGAGAAACCUUACAAAUGUCAUGAGUGUGGCAGAGCUUUUACCCAAUUUACAAACCUUGCUAGGCAUCAGAAAAUACAUAAUUGA